AUGGCAAAUGAAAGUGAUUUCAAGUCUAUUAUGUCGAUGUCUUCAAAAUCGGAAGGCAGUACUGUUGCGUUAUCCCGCUUGCGCUGGCGUAACGCUCCAUUACACGAAAGAUGCACUAUGUCAGACAUGACGAAGAUCAAAGAUGCUUUUCAAGCAGCUUAUAGAAACAGAAUGUUACCUACUGAAUUUAGAAAUCUUUUAAGAACACUUCUUAACGUUGAAUACGAUGAUGACGAAUUUAAAAUAUUGUUUAUGAAGAUUAAUACAGCUCGUGAUGGUGAGAUCGACUGGGACGAGUUGGUGUCGCAUCUGUUGCUGGGCUAUUUCGCAAACGAUCCUGAGAAUCAACGCGCUUCUCUUCAAUUGCCAAUAAUGGGUUUACCCAAUGUCAUGCGGUCACAGCAUCGACAUCCCAUAUCUAGGAUAUGCUUUUGUCCAGAUGUUAAUAAGGAAAGCAUUAAAAAUAUUUUUUAAAUAAUUUUAUAAUGACAUAGUUUAUAUAACAUUAAUUUUAACAUAUAGGAUCGCAGUACGGAUCCAAUGCAAGGCAAUUACGUCACAGCGAGUCGUGAUGGAAUGAUAAAUUGGUGGUCUCUAGAUAUGACCCUUUUGAGAACGGCUUUCUCCUCCAGUCCACAUUUAAAGGUACGGACAACGUGGGUGACUGACAUGGUAUGCAUGCCGGAUGUGAAUAUCGUCGUAACUAGUUCCACGGAACGGGACCUUCGCUUUUACGACUGCACGGCUAAAACUUUUACCCUAAAAAUUGUUAUAACCAGCUGGGAAUAUAUGAUAUGCACAAUGUACUACCACUUCUAUAAGGAUCUGAAGGAAAAGAGCAUCUUGAUAUGCGGAGACGUGGGAGGUAACGUGCGCGUGUUGCGUUUCUCGCCCGUGAAGCGCGGCCCAUUCCGCAACCAACCGGGCCGCGCGCUGUUGCAGCUGCGGCACGUCGAUCUACAGCGAAGGCCGUAUCUUCUUCCGGAGAUGAAAUUGGUGGAGAUGACCCACGUGCACGCAGACUGGGUGCGACAGGUGUCGUUUUACGCCUCGUUGCACUGUGUGGUGUCCUGUUCCACGUGCACCGAUGCGUUGCUGAUGUGCGAUCUCGCCGCCUCCAAGACACACAACAUGUUCAGAGUCGAAAAAGGUAUCCAGUGUUUUGCAUUCGACGAGGAGGCCCACGUAUUGGUGACUGGUGGGCCGGACUGCGCAGUGCGUGUUUGGAACCCCUUCGUACCGGGAAAGGCCAGUGUCGUACUAGUGGGUCACCAUGCCGCAGUGACGGCCCUGGCACUGCAGGGCGCUGGACUCAUCAUCUAUUCGCUUUCGCGCGACCGAGUCAUCAAGGUCUGGGACGUUCAGGGACAAGUUUGUGUGCAGACUUAUAUUGACAUUCCACCCCAAAUCGGAGAGCGCACGCCAAUAUCGGCAGUGUACAAUCCCGCUACUAGGGAAUUAAUUUUGGCCGCUAUUAAGAUAGCAAUUGUGGUGUUAGACGAGCAACUCAAUCCACUGCACACAGACGGUUUCACUCACUCGCGAGCAGUUGCAAAAGUUCUUUAUAAUCCUCUCUUCAAAGUUGUGAUCACGUGUGGGAUGGAUAGCAUUAUAAUCAACUGGGAUCCUUUGACAGGCAAACGUAACGCUAUGGUACGUGACGCUCACACGCGACUGCUGCACGGGGAAUUAAUUCCGGUGGAGAUCACAGCGGCCUGCUUCGAUCCCGGCUAUCAGUUAUUGUUGACGGGAGCCCGGAACGGCACACUCAAGGUUUGGAAUUUUAAUACGGGUCUAUGUUUGAGAAAAAUGGCAAUCGAACAUAUGUGUGAGGUGACUAACUGUUUUUGGGUUGAAGGAAGAAUCCUAGCGGUAGGAUGGAAUCGCCACGUAACUGAGUUUGAGGACGCGGGCUCCGGCGAGAACGGAAAGAGCUGGGAGACGCGGCACUCGGACGACGUGCUGGCUGCGGCUGCACGCGCGCCUAUCACUCUCGCCACCGCCACCUAUAACUCCGAGCUGAUCCUCUGGAAGCUCGAGACUGGUCAACCCUAUAGGCGUUUUUCAUGCACCGAGCCAAUGCUGCGCAUCAAGAUGCAAUACAACAAGCGGGCCGCCUCUCCGCCACCUGUUCUUUCAUCUUCCGGACGACGAAGUACUUCUAUAGUCCGAAAACCGAGCAUGACAGCUGGACGCGAGUCGAUUGACGCCGCGGCGGCGACGGAGAAGGCGCGGGCGCGGCGCGUGUCACGCGUCACGCUGCCGGCUCGCGCGCAACGCAUGCGACAGCUCGCUGUACACGCCGCCCUCUUUCUCAAUACACGGCCUAGUGCGAUGCGCGUCGCAUCCCUGAUGGUCGCCUUGGAAAAUGGUCAGGUUCAGUGCUGGUCGGACCAUCCGGCAGGCGGUAUACAAGGUACCUUCCAGGGAAUCCAUACUGCCGGCGACUAUGUAUCCGCAUUGGCCACUGACGUGAACAAUGAUUACCUCUUUACCGGCACCACAAUGGGAUACAUCAAAAUUUGGCUCAUGACCAAUUAUCUUAGAGACGAGGAGGUGCACGUGAGUAUGCCAAAACUCCGGUUGACCUUUCCUUUUCUAUGGCGCGACCGUAUCGAGGGUCGCGCCAAGCGAAGUGUACGCGAUCAGCCGCUACCUUUACUGCUCAGCAGCUACCGCGCACAUUUGCGCUGCAUCACAAGCCUCGCUUACAUCGACGACUUACGUCUCGUUCUAAGCGGCUCGUCUGACUAUAGCGUACGCGUGUGGAAGUUGUCAGGCGAGUAUUUGCAGACAUUAGGAAGCUUCCUACCCUGGAGCCUCGAAGUAUCCCGCUUUCCUCCGGACGUUAGAAAAGUCGCCAGCUUUACAACAUUCAAGGUGUGGCGAGGCGGGGAGGUAUCACGCUACGUGCCGGGCCGGGUGGCGCCGGACGCGCUGCGCGACAUCACUGUGCACGAACUGCGCACGCGCACGUUCGGCGCGCCGUGCCCCGAGCCCGUGUUGGGCCGGUACGUGGCGCCGCCCGCGCGCCCCGAUACGCAGGCUCCGCCGCGGCUCGACGACUCGUUACCUACUAUCCCGCUGUACGCGCACCUGCGCAUGGCGUCGACGCAGCCGGUGCGGCGCGCGCCCACGCCGGAGCUCGUGCGCGCCGCGCGCUUGCGCCGCGAGCCCGAGCGCCGCCCGCGCACGCACUUUGAGAGUCGCAAUGAGUAG